AGCGGGGCGGACUGGGCAGCUCUGCUCGGAGCUGGAGGCUCCCGGGCCGAUGGCUGGAUGGUUAUGGGGCCAGGCAGCCUCCCCCCGGCGGCUGUGGAGCGGCUCCGGGGGCCGCGGCGGCGGCCUCUGCUCAGCGUGGUGGUGCUGCUGGUGUCCGUGUGCCUGGCCCCGCCGUCCGCAGUGCAUGGCCAGCAGUGCCGAAUCCAGCGCUGCAAUGCAGACUACGUGGCUGCCACAUCUCCUAGCCAUGCCUUGCCGGAAGAGACACCGCUGGACAUGGAUUAUUGCAUUGCCUUGCGUGCGUACUCAGUGUGCACCAGAAAGACAGCCAAAUCCUGCCGGGGAGACCUGGUGUAUCACUCCGCUGUCUUCCGAAUCAAGGAACUCUUUACGCAGCACAACUGCUCCAGCGACGGGCCAACUUCCUCGGCGAAAGCCCCUGGCACACCGGACCCUCUGGUUUCAGAGCUGUGCAACUAUGAGAGCCGAUCUGGCUUUCAGAAGAAAUUUGCCCACUGUGGAUUAUUUGGGGAUCCUCAUUUAAGGACCUUUAAAGAUGAGUUUCAGACAUGUAAAGUAGAAGGAGCUUGGCCGCUAAUAGACAAUCAGUACCUGUCGGUCCAGGUCACCAAUGUCCCAGUUGUUCUAGGAUCCAGCGCCACGGCCACCAGCAAGAUCACGCUGAUCUUUAAGAGUUACCAGGGCUGCACGGAGCAGAAGGUUUAUCAGGCGACCACAGAGGACCUGCCACUGGCGUUCAGUGAUGGCACAAGAACCGGAGGGUGGCAGGAGGGAGCCAGCAGCCUGCGCAUCCUGGAAAAGCCGGACGCCGGCCAGGUGGAGAUCCAGGCCAACUACAUCGGCAGCACCGUCAUCAUCCGCCAAGUGGGCCGCUACCUCACCUUCGCCAUCCGUGUGCCGGAGGAGACCCUGAACCUCUCGGAGGAGAGCACUGGCCUCCAGCUCUGUUUGCACGGCUGCCCAAAGAACGAACUGAUCCAGGAGCAUAGGCUGAGCCUGGGGAGCUCCAGCCCUCUCUGGCCCAGCUCCCGACGGGCCUACACAGUGGAAAUGGCCACCGAGCAGUGUCGCCACAUCCUGCAGGUGGAGGACGUGUAUUUCCAGUCCUGUGUCUUUGACCUGCUCACCACGGGGGACCCCGAGUUCUCCAUGGCUGCUCACGGGGCCUUGGAAGACUUGAAGGCCUUGUACCCCAGCAGACUCAAGUUGCAUACAGUCUCCAAUACUAUUAACGUGGCCACUGGCGCUCCGGGGCCUGGGCAGCCUGCUGCCUCGUUAGUCUGGUGCGGUCUUGCCUUUCUAAAGCUGUUCUGGUGCUGCUAAUGAGUGCGGACCUUGUGUCAGUAU